AUGAGUUCUACCGUGCAUCUUGGAAACCCCAGCGAUGACAAGGGCCCCAAGAUCCUUGCGGUCCUCUGGGGCCUGACGGGCUUUACAAUGGUGAUUGUCGCCGCCCGCAUGUUCAUCCGAGGGAAGAUGCUGCGCAACUUCGGGCCAGAUGACUGGCUGAUUGCGUUUUCAAUGAUGAUGGGCAUCGUGUACUGCGCCAUAACAACAGCCAACAUCGCGAUCGGAUACGGCAAACAUGCAUACGUCCUCGAUACGUCGACAGUCGAGGAAGCCACCUUUCUGAACACGCUGAGCUUCCUCUUCGGCAUCGUCUCCUUCUCCGUACCGAAGCUCGCCGUCGCCGCCAUGCUCAACCGCAUCCUCAACCCCAGUCUCGUGCAGAAAGCGGCGAUAUGGGGCUUGACAGGUCUGGGCGCUGUUAUAUCUGGAAUCUGCAUCAUCAUCCUCUUUACCAUGUGCGAUCCCGCGCAUGCGCUCUGGCACACUACACUGGUCGCGGAAGGGAAGGCUACGUGUCGGGAUACCUGGAUUCUGAUUAACUAUGCCAUCUUCACCGGAGCGUACUCUGCAUUCAUCGACCUCUACCUCGCGAUCUAUCCCGCCUUCGUCCUCAUGAAACUCCACAUGUCGCUGCGCAAGCGAAUGGCCCUCUGCGCCGCUCUAGGCCUGGGCGCGAUCGCCUCCGCAAUGGCCGUCGUAAAAUGCACACAGGUAAAAGGCCUCGCCGACAAAAACGACUACACGUACGGAACCGCCGACCUGGUCCUGUGGACAAACGUCGAGUCCGACGUCGUGAUCAUCGCCUCGUGCAUCCCAACCCUGCAGCCGGUCCUCGAACUCAUCCUCGGCAAGCGCAAGCUGUCCUCGUACAGCGGCAGCAAGAACAAAUACAAGGGGUCGCAGCAGCUGCACGACUACUCGCACUCGCGCAGCCAGAGCAAGAUGAAUAAGUCGGCGCGCAAGACGGACCUUACGAUUACGGGCGUCGAGAGCCAGGAGAGUAUACUUAGGGAUGAGGGGGGCGGGCACCCGAUGGGCGCGAUACGGAGGACGGAUAAUGUUGUCGUUGAGUAUGGGGCCAGGGGGGAGGGCCUUGGGCAUAGUGUUGAGAGUCCGGGGAGGGAGUCGUGGUGA